AGUCUCCUACCUUUAUUGAUUGAUUUCGAGUUUUCAAACUAGAACAUGAUUCAUCUCUCAUCAUCUCUCUCUCUCUCUCUCUAUUCUAUUCUAUUCUUACCAAAGAUAACAACUUGAAGAUUUCUCAUCCUUUCCAUUUUUGAUAUCUCCCCAUAAUUGCUCCUCAUGUUUGUUUUGGAAUUUGGAUAAUCUAUCCCAAAACGGCUGGGUCUCUCUCUCUCGAUCUCAUUCUGUUCUGUUUUCUGGCGUCGUCCCUCAAUUUGUUUUGUAUUGGGAGUCGCACCCAUUUUCGCCGGCAUUGUCAAUAUUCAAUGUCACCGCCACCAGUUGCAGAUUUCUCUUAAUUCCCAUGAUGCCAUUCAUUCCCCUCCCUUGAUCAAUCUCAAUCUUUUUAUCUUAAUCUGCAACAAUUCUUGUUGGUUCUCUCAUACGGAAGGGAAGGAAGGAGAGGAAGAUUGAAUCGGUGAAUAGAUAGGAGAGGAAGAAAUGAAGCUGGUGGUUCAAGUGAUGGGGGCUCGAGAUCUGCCGGCAAUGGAUCUAAACGGGCUGAGUGAUCCGUACGUGAAGGUGAAGAUGGGAAAGCAGAAGUUCAAGACCAAAGUGGUGAAGAAGACCUUAAACCCAUAUUGGGGUGAAGAGUUCACGUUUCGAGUCGACGACCUCAACGACGAGCUCCUCAUCUCUUGUUUGGAUGAAGAUAAGUACUUCAACGACGACUUCGUGGGCUGCGUCAAAUUCCCUGUUUCCCAAGUCUUCGAUUCCCCCAACAAGUGCCUCGACACUUGUUGGCACCCUCUCCAGCCCAAAAGCAAGAAGCCCAAGCACAAGGAUUGCGGUACGCAUUUCCCUUUCCUUGAUACUUUUGCAUUGCAUCAUUUCCCAAAAAUUCUAGUACUUAUAAUAUGCAUUGCUUUCAUUUUAGGCGAGAUUCUUCUUAAUAUCUCUCUUAGUACAAACAAUGCAUUCUCCGACUCCGCUUCCGAGGGUGAUCAUAUCAGGAGGGAUUCCGACAUUGGAGGUGAAUCACCCUCAAGGUUAUCCGAAACGGCUUCCCCUCAGAGAGGCAAGCUUGAUGAACUUCCAUUCUCCGAAAAGGAAAAGACUCUUGCCCAGAAAUCCCUUGCUGGCCGACUUGUUCAGAUGUUCAAUAAAAAUCCUGACGCACCUCCAAUAUCUUCAAACCACUCUAGCAAAGCUGACUUGACUGAGCUUGUUGAAACCAAGGCCGACAUUUCUGAGGCCACUUCUGAGGAUCACUCCUCUUGUGUUCCUUUUGAAGAGCUAAUGAAAACAAUGCAGUUACGCGAUCAGGCUACCGAAACCCCUGAGAACCUACCGGGUGGAGUGCUUCUAGAUCAAAUGUAUGUUACUGAACCCAAACACCUCAACACUUUACUCUUUUCACCCGAUUCUACUUUUCCAAAGGCCUUGGCAGAUCUGCAUGGAACUACAGAAUUGGAACAAGGACCCUGGAAAUUUGAAAACGACACCUUAAAAAGAGUGGUUACAUAUGUUAAGGCAGCUAGCAAAUUAAUCAAGGCUUGCAAAGGAAGUGAGGACCAAACAUAUCUCAAAGCCGAUGGCAAGGUUUUUGCAGUUUUAUCAAGUGUAAGCACUCCUGAUGUUCCAUAUGGCAAAACUUUUAGGACGGAGUUGCUCUACUGCAUUACACCUGGGCCUGAGCUGCCAUCCGGAGAACAAUCUACACGCUUUGUAAUAUCCUGGCGCAUGAAUUUUCUGCAGAGCACCAUGAUGAAAGGAAUGAUAGAAAAUGGAGCUCGCCAAGGUUUAAAGGACAGUUAUGAGCAGUAUGCUACUUUAUUAUCGCAGAACGUUAAGCCAGCUGAUUCGAAAGACCUUGGAUCCAAUAAGGACCAGGUUUUGGCAUCAUUGCAGGCUGAAUCCCAGUCUGAUUGGAAGCUGGCAGUACAAUAUUUUGCUAAUUUCACUGUGGUCUCCACAUUUUUUAUUGGAUUGUAUAUGCUGGUACACAUCUACCUGGCUACACCCAGCACUAUUCAAGGGUUGGAGUUUGUUGGGCUUGACUUGCCAGAUUCAAUUGGUGAAUUCAUUGUUUGUGGUGUCCUGGUACUUCAAGGAGAACGUGUGCUGGGUUUGAUCUCACGCUUUAUGCAGGCCAGAGUGCAGAAAGGCAGUGACCAUGGAGUCAAAGCCCGAGGAGAUGGUUGGUUGCUAACUGUUGCCUUGAUUGAAGGAAGUAAUAUAGCAGCUGUUGAUUCAAGUGGGUUCUCUGAUCCAUAUGUGGUGUUUUCUUGCAAUGGAAAAGCUAGAACUAGCUCAAUCAAGUUCCAGAAAUGUGACCCCAUGUGGAAUGAAAUAUUUGAGUUUGAUGCAAUGGAUGAGCCUCCUUCUGUGCUGGAUGUGGAAAUUUAUGAUUUUGAUGGUCCUUUUGAUGAAGCUACCUCUCUGGGCCAUGCUGAAAUCAAUUUUGUGAAAACCAAUAUAUCAGAUUUAGCUGAUAUGUGGAUUCCUCUUCAAGGAAAGUUAGCUCAGGCUUGUCAGUCAAAACUCCACUUGAGAAUUUUCUUAAACAAUACAAGAGGUGGCAAUGUUGUUAAUCACUUUUUAAAUAAGAUGGAGAAGGAGGUUGGAAAGAAGAUUACUGUACGUUCUCCUCAAACAAAUUCAGCAUUCCAAAAACUCUUUGGGCUUCCACCAGAGGAAUUUCUUAUCAACGACUUUACAUGUCACUUGAAACGAAAAAUGCCCCUGCAGGGCCGCCUAUUUCUUUCUGCGAGAAUAAUUGGGUUCCAUGCAAAUUUAUUUGGUCGCAAGACAAAGUUCUUUUUCCUCUGGGAGGAUAUAGAAGAUAUUCAUAUUGUUCCUCCAACUCUGUCAUCUAUGGGUAGUCCAACUAUAGUCAUGACUCUGCGGCAAGGUAGAGGUAUGGAUGCAAGGCAUGGUGCAAAGACACAGGAUGAGGAAGGCAGGCUGAAGUUCCACUUCCAGUCCUUCGUAUCCUUCAAUGUAGCGAACAGGACAAUUAUGGCCCUGUGGAAGGCUAGAUCUUUGAGUCCUGAGCAGAAGGUGCAAAUAAUAGAAGAAGAAUCAGAAGUCAAGAGCCUCCAAACUGAAGAGAGUGGGUCUUUCUUGGGCCUUGAUGAUGUCAGCAUGUCUGAGGUUUAUUCAUCCUUGCAUUCAGUUCCUACAAAUUUCUUCUCAGAGCUAUUCGGUGGAGGUGAAUUGGAUCGUAGAGUUAUGGAGAAAGCUGGUUGUCUUAACUAUUCUCACACCCCAUGGGAAUCAGAGAAGGGCGAUGUCUAUGUGAGGCAAAUAUAUUACAGAUAUGACAAACGUGUUUCCCAAUAUAGAGGAGAGGUGACUAGUACUCAGCAAAAAUCCCGCCUUUCUGAUAGAAAUGGUUGGCUUUUUCAAGAAGUCAUGACCCUCCAUGCAAUUCCACUUGGUGACUAUUUCAAUGUUCACAUCCGAUACCAAAUUGAGGACUCGUCCUCAACACCACCAGGGUGUCUGGUAAAAGUAUACUUUGGCAUUGAGUGGCUCAAAAGCACCAAGCAUCAGAAAAGAAUUACAAAAAAUGUUCUCAAGAAUCUGCAAGAUCGCCUAAAGGUCUCCUUUGCUGUAGUUGAGAAGGAGUUCACAUCAAGAUAGUGGGUUAUUUGGUGCAUUUCUGGGAUUGUAGGCAUUUGACAUGGAGAGGGCUGAUAUUCAUUUUAUAAAGCACCCUUUUCCUGAUAUUUCAUCUUUCUAUGGCCAAGCCUGGCAGAAGUGGCUCGACUGCAUGACUUGUCAGGUUUGCUAUCAUCCAAAUCCGUUUAACAGCUUUGGCAUGCAGAGGUGCGGUAGCACUUAUAUGACAGGCUUGGUGUAUUUGAAGGUCCAAGUGUAUAUCUAGAUGCUCUUCUGUGUACCAAUGGUGAAGUGAAAAGGCAGGCAUGAUUAUGGACUGUGCGAAACACUGUUUAGUGCCUUUCAGAAAGAAUCUGGACUAGUUUAGAAAGCCUAGUUGAUAGUUCCUUGUUGUGAAUAACUGAUGCAGAUGUGCAAUAACUUGGUUCAUCGGAUUGUGAAGGUUAAAGCCUUGAGCCUUAAAGUAGAUACAGAAGUGGCAGGUCUAGUUUUUGUGGUCUUGCCAUUGCAGGUCAAACAACAGUUCUACACUUCUACUUCACUGUCAGUGGUAAUCAUUCUUUUAGAAUAGCUCAAACUCGAAAGGUAGUACCAAUUGUAGUUUAAUGAGGUUGUUUGAAACUUGUAUAAGAAAGUUUUGCAAUGGCCUAGCUUCAGUUAACUUAAGUAUAUAAAGAAAAUAAUUAAAAUCAAACAUCUUUUGAUCAUA